UAUGGUAUAAGUGUCUUCCCACGCGCGCAAGCAAUUUCCAUUUCUCCCACAGGACUCACUAGUUCUCACUCUAUGGUUAUAGAAGAUGGAACCAGACAGUAUUCCAUUGCGCUUGAGUUAUUUGUCGGAAAGAUACGACAAAAAUCUACCUCAAGUAAUAUCAGUUACUGAAGCCAUUUAUGGAAGCUAUGAGGAUCUCCUAGAAGACGGGCAAGAGUUCGAAGUGUAUUUUAAGAAGGAGACACCAGUUUUCAGUAUGAGGAUGGCAGACAAAACGUACACAGUACCACUGAAUAGCACCUUUAUGUUCAGUGUAUUAUAUAAUCCUAAGAAUGAGGAUUUAAGCAUUGCUAGAAGAGGCUACAAUUUUCCAACAGUUGCUGACCUCAUGAAAGCAGAUCCUCUACCUACUGUGGUGUAUGUUGGAAGAGAUUGUGUAGUUGCCUCUAAGAAGAAAAGCAGAAAAGACCAAUCCAUUUUAAAAGGUCAAAUUUUGUUGAUACUGGAAGCCAUUAAUAAGCCAAAAAGCAAAACGCUUAAAUGUUUAAUAAUAGGCGAAGCAUCGAAAGAAGUUUUCUUAGAUGAAGCCUGUGAAGGAUGUUUUAGUACAAAAGAGUCACUCCUUUUGUUUCCAUUGCCAAAAAUUGCUAAAUGCAUAAAACGACCAUUUAUGACUUCAAUGUAUCUGAGUGAUGGUAAAAUCCUUCAUCCAAAAUUUCGUAAUAGACAUGGCAUGAUUGACACUACAGAGUUAUCAUCAGUGGGAUCUUUCAUUUGCUCAACCAAUCUCCCUAGUAGUAGAGCUACAAGCCUAGUUGAAAUAUUCGUCACUGUAUCAGUAAUGUUUUGUGUUAAUCAAAAAAAUGAAGCAGAGCUUGCCACUUUAAAUGACAACUCAAUCCUAUUGUCAGAGAAACUCACACCAGAUCAAAUAUCUGCUGUGAUUUUUGAUUCAACUGCAACUACAAAUCUGCUACAGAAUGACCUACUAUUACCACAACAUAUUAGCAACUGGUUAGAUGAGGUAAUCCUAACAAAGCGGACUCCUCCUAGGGUACAUCAAAUAUAUGAGUCAUUGGAACCUUUCACAGACAAACAAUUUGAUCAAAAUGAAGCGUCACCUUCAAUGUCAGUACAAAGUUCUGUAGACACUCACUCUCCACCUCCUCUACCACCUAGACGAAGCAUGAUUCUAUCACCUCCAUCACCUCUGAUGGGUCCAGUACAAGUUGCUACACUAAACAACUGUGCUUAUGGUGUAGCAAAAUUGCAAAAAAGUCCAGUACAUGCAGCUACCGAAGCAAAGCAACCAGAGAGUAAAAUAGGGCAGUAUUUUGAUACAAAUAAGAGGUUAUUAGCAGAUUAUAACGUUUCAAAGAUAGGAGAGUUUCUUGGUCUAAUGGGAUUAAAGCAGUAUGCUGCUACAUUUUCACAUGAAUUAGUUGACGGAAAAUUAUUCUUUGAAUUGGAUGAUGUAAUGCUUGAAGAGGAUCUUGGUAUUACUAGCAAACUACAUCGAUUAAGAAUGAUGAGAAUUAUCAGAGGAGAACAGCAUGUGAAUGAUUUUCUAACUAUAUAA